CGCGGGAAAUCUUGAUUGUUUUGAUGUCUGAAGGGAAUCCUGCUCCGGGUUUUUAUGCAGAAUUUCUAAUAUUCCCUCCCUUCCAAGACUCUCCUUACUUCAUACGAGCACGGAAAUUUGUCGUCGAAGUAAGUCGUGGAUUCGCUUGGCAGUGUGGUUACAAAAUUUUCAAGAAAUUUAACGGAGAAGUGCUACCCUCUCUCAGUGAUCCUCAUAUUGCAAUGUCAAAGCGAGUGCCAACUUCAGCCCAAGAUGUUACAGGGACCGAAAAAGCGGCUAAAUUGACAGAAGUAAACUGCAACAGAGAUGCAUCGUUUAGUAACGGCACAAAGCAAGAAGGCUUCGCUCCACAAACUCCAGCGAAGACUGCAAAGCGAACAGACUAUCUUAGCUGGGACGAGUAUUUCAUGGCGGUCGCAUUUCUCUCUGCACAGAGAAGCAAAGACCCGAGUUCGCAAGUCGGAGCCUGUGUCGUGAAUCAAGAGAAGAAGAUUGUGGGAAUUGGAUAUAAUGGAAUGCCAAAUGGAUGCAGUGAUGAUGAAUUACCCUGGGCAAGACAUGCUUCAAAUGAGCUGGAAACAAAAUACCCCUACGGUAAAAUGGAUUAUCUGGUUUAUAAGCUUAUCGGUAUUGCGAAAGUUUUAAUCCACUGGUUAAGUAUAUUUUUCUCUUUGUAUAUUGAAGAGUCAUUUAUAGCCUUGUUUAAUUCUUAUUUGAAAUCAUUAUUUUAAGGUAGGUUCACAUCAGUAUAAUCCGAUAAGCUUAAAUUAUUGAUUUAGCUUCUAACGG